CUUUUUUUAAGGUUGCUAUUGGCAAUCAUUAUCGUUAGUUGUUUAUUUGAAAAUCAGCAAAAUUUAAUAAUUUUAUUAAACAAUUGCAUUACAAAAAUGUUCUCCACAAAUAUUGAAGCUAAAAUAACCGCUGAAGAAUUACAGAGAUUGCAGGAAAUGUGUUUGGAAACUUUAAGAGCGGGAGAAUUGCAUACUUUAAGAAAUGAUGCUAAACUUAGGGCGGUUAACAAUACCACAAGUUAUGAUGAAUUUAAAGAUAUAGUGGAUGCUGCUCACUUGAAACCCAUAACAAGACAAGAUAAAAUGAAUUCAAAAACUAAAAAUCGUUUAUGGAAUUCAGCGGCCAGAGAAAGUAAAGAAUAAUUUGAUAGAUUUAAAAUUUUCUUUGUAGUAUUCUAAAUUAUUAUAAAAUUUUUCUUAAAAUUCUCAAAAACUUGAUGUGUUAAUUUAA